AUUCUUCACAGACUCACACCAGAAGAUGAACUUGCCGCCAGGUUUCAGGUUCCAUCCGACUGAUGAAGAACUCAUCACUCACUACCUCGCUCCGAAGCUCUCUGACUCCAAUUUCUCUGAAACAACUGUGAUAACUGAGCUCGACAUGAACAAGAUCGAGCCAUGGAAUCUGCCAUGCAAGUUCUCACUGUCCUCGACCAUUCUUCUCCACUUUAAAAUUCUCCUUUUGAUGAUUUAUUUCGAUCCUGCAGCGAUCACGAAAUUGGGAGAGGAGUGGUACUUCUUCUGCAUGAAGAACAGGAAGAACCCUACAGGACUGAGGACCAACAGGGCCACUGAUUCAGGCUACUGGAAAGCAUCAGGAAAAAACAAGGAAAUCCACGGAAGAAGAAGGGACUUGAUCGGGUCGAAGAAAACCCUAGUUUUCUACAGAGGGAGGGCACCAAAAGGAGAGAAGACAAACUGGAUCAUGCAUGAGUACAGAGCAGGGAGGAACCCUACAGCCAUUAAUAAUAAUGUUUGGGUGAUCUGCAGAGUGUUCUCUAAGAACUCUGGAUGUGGCAGCCAUGGCUCGACCUGCUUCUCCAGUUCUCAUGGAGCUGAAAACAGUUUAGAGGGAGAGUUCUUCCGAGAUUUGUUAGCUGAUGAAGUGACUCAAUUAGAUGUGUUAGGUAGUAAAAGAUGAUUACAUUUAUUCUAUACGUUUUUUACCAUCCGUUCUCAGACUAUAUGAAGAAAAAUAAAUUAUGAGAUCAGCUUAUUAAUCAUAAAAUAGCUAGAAGAUGUGAGAGAUUUUUUUUUCCGUCAAUUAGAGGUGUUAUGGAAUUACUAGGAGGAAAUUAUUGUUAUAAUAAGGUUUGAUUAUAGAUUGGUGUUG